AGUGAGUUGUUCUGGUCUGUUUCUCGUUCCCUUCCACACUCUAAUAGAUAGUGUAUAGUAAGGAGCAAGCUAAGCCCUUGUACUGGACUCCACAGGCCGGAGAAUAGGAGGAUAGCUUGAUGACUUGGAGAGGACCAUCCCCUCCCAGAGAACAGCAGGACACUGACACAUCACAACAGCAACCGGUUCCCUGGAGCCACAGAGGAUCGACACACACAGGAUAACGUGACUUUACACGUCAGACUCUGUCCACCAGUCAGUCAGUCAGCCAGUCAAGUCAGCCAGUCAGUGCUCAUGGACUGAACCAGGCGAGAGGAGAGUUAGCAGCCAGCCAACCCAGGGAGGCCGUGAGGAUGCCGGUGGCCCAGGUCUAUGCAGCUCUGAUGGUGGUCUCCAGUCUGUGCUCUGUGUGUGGUAAUGUGGUUUUAUUACUGGUGGUUCUUCUCAACAAGGAGCUCCGCACCGAAACCUGGGCCCUGACCCUGAGCUUCUGCCUAAGUGACCUAGCCCUUGGUCUCUCCAUCAUUCCCUUCGGAGUCCACAACAGCCUGUUCAGAACGCAGGGCUACCCCAGCGACGGGCUUCUCUGCCAGGGCAGCGCCUUCCUCUACCUGCUUCUUCAGCUGGCCUCCAUCCACUCCCUGACCUGGGCCACCAUCGACAAGUUUACAGAGAUCUGUUUCGCCCUGAGCUACAGCACCAUCUGCACGUCCAGGAGGACCAGGUUGGUGCUGGUCCUGGUGUGGCUCUACAGCCUGAUCAACGCAGCCUUGCCCCUGCUGGGCUUCGGCCGCUACAGCUACAGCAGCACCAGGUUCCUGUGUGCACCCAGCUUCCAGCCAGACUACAGGGGCUUCAGUCUGCUCUUCAUCGUGGUCGGGAUCAUAGUACCCAUACUCAUCAUGUGCUCCAUGUAUGCGUACAUUGUGUAUAUUGUGAGGAAACAGGUGCGGCGAGGGACGUUUGUUUGCAAUGACCAGCACUGUUUUUAUGUCCCUGCUAAUAACUACUUCAGGAGCUCCUUAGUGAUGGUGGCAACUGUGGUGUGCCUGCUAGUGUGCUGGCUGCCUUACAUCACCACCUGUUUCUAUGAGACGUUCAGUGGCCAUGACCCGCCAGCAGCAGCCUCAGCCGUGGCUACCUGGCUCAUCCUCCUCACCUCCGCUCUCAACCCAUGGAUCAACUCCAUGACUCAGACGUAAGCAAUAGCCAACAACUGCUGGCUGGGCGCCGAUGACAUGGACGUCGAUUAAGGCAGCCCCUUGCACCUCUCUGAUU